CCUAGUUCCUGGGUCUCUCCGUCCUGUAGCCACCCUGUACCCUUCACUCCAGGCACCCUCGCACGGGGACAGGGCAGUAUGACCUGGGAGGCCCUACACCUGCCGCUGGUCCUGCUGCUGUUUGCCUCAGGCUCCUGGGCACAAGUCCAGGAGAAUGAGCUGGUGUGGGCGGUUCAGCAGCAGGGGGUCUCUGUGAAAUGCCCGUCCACACCCCCGGCAGGUGAGUAUGAGAAUAAAAUCUGGUGUAAGGAAACCAAGCCAGGUUAUUGUUUGAAGCUGGUCACCAGCACCAGACCCCAGGUAAUGGCUCAAAACCCUCCACAUUUUAUCUGGGACAACCCUUCUGCUGGCUUCUUCAUUGUCAUCGUAACAGAAAUCACGAAGAAGAGUUCAGGAACCUACUGGUGUGGAAUAGACAGAGGUCCUAAAGAGAGCAUCUAUAUUCUCAAGAACAUCAGCCUGGUGGUGACUUCAAUGACAACUGGUUCAACCUUCAUCAGUGACUCUGAUUACUGUUUUUUGGGCAGCACUUCUGUGAUGCUGUUGUGUGCAUUCCUCGUGACCAAGAUCUUGGCUUUGACAGCCCUCCUCCUGUUUCUGACCUACAGAGCCCAGGUCUCCACCAGGACCAUGGGAGUAGCAGCAAUGGCUGCCCCCAGCCCCACCAGGACCCGAGAGCCCUUGGGCACUCCCCACUGAGCCUGGAGUUCCCCCACCUCCUCCUGCUCCAUCAGGACCACUGAGAUCUGGAGCCUCCGAGACAAGGCCGUUCCUGUGCCUCUGGAAGACACCUCCCAACACCUAACUCCACCAGCUACACUAUGGUGGUGCCUCUCGUCCCAGAGCUGAGGAUCCCCAUGUUGCCUUCUCCAACGCCAUGUCCACAAAGAGGGGACCCACCACCUGGGAGACUCUCCCUGUGCAUCCAGGCCACCCCCUCCUACCCAGUGGACCAAACUCAACUGGUAGGCAUCCUCCCCCUAAUGUGUGCCCUUCCCUCCACUCCAGGGUUUCCUGUUUCUCUGUCAGCUCACAGUUCAGCUGGUCUUCCGAUCACCAAUGCCCACUGCAGUCAGCUUUGGUUCUUCUUCCUCCCGAUAAAGGGAAAUAGCCUUCCUUCAUACCAUAUACAAAUGUAAUAUUUGAUAUUUCCAAAAGUGACAUAAGUUUUAAAAGUAUAUGACAAUGAAGGAAUAAUAUUUCCAUCCUCUAUGCCAGAUAAAAGGGUUAACAGCUUUAGGACCUAAACAUCUUUUUCUUUUAAAUAAAUAAGCAUCAGGCAAAUAUUUCCACUUUAAACAGGGCUAAGGAUAGGAACAAGUUAACUGUUACAGAAUAAAGAACAAAUACUAUGUAUGAACAUGUGUCCAAAAUGGUAGAUAAUCAGAGAGAUGAGAAAUGAAGUGAGACCCCACACUUUGCCUAUCAGUUCAAAGAAGAUUAAAAACAAUUGUAAUCAUAUUCUGUGCUGGAGAGGUGUAGGGAAAAGGGGAUUCUCAUGAACUGUUGUAAGGACAUAAUUGAUAGCCUCUUCCUGGAGGGGCAAUGUGGUGAUGAAUUAAAAGGCAGAAAAUGUAAUUUAUUCAUCCAUUCUACUGUUCAUGGACAUUUGGGUUCUUUCUCCUUUUUGGCUGUUGUGAAUAAAUCUGCUAUGAACAUUAAAAAAAAAGGCAGAAAAAAGGAAAACAAACAAAAGAAACAUCUGGCUUGUGAAGCGGCAAUUCUAAACAAUUUUCUAAGUACUUUGACAUGUGUGGUGAUUGCUGUUGUUUAAAAAAGAAAAUAAUGGUAUGUCCACUAUAUGUUGGUUUUAAAAAGUGUUUCAAUGAUACUUGAAUAAAAAAAUAAUAAAAAUA